AUGAAGAGACUUAUCAACGAGUCCUUGAGGGACCAGCUGCUAGUUACCAUCCAGAAGACUUUCACAUACACCCGAACCCAGGCACAGCACCUGUUCAUUAUCCUCAUGGAGUGCAUGAAGAAGAAGGAGCUGAUCACAGUUUUUCGAAUGGGAUCGGAAGGACACCAGGAUAUUGAUUUAGCUAUCCUGACAGCACUACUAAAAGGAGCUAACGCAUCUGCUCCCGACCAGCUGAGCCUAGCACUAGCCUGGAACAGAGUAGACAUCGCCCGCAGUCAGAUCUUUAUUUAUGGGCAGCAGUGGCCGGUGGGUUCCCUUGAGCAAGCAAUGCUGGAUGCCCUGGUGUUGGACAGAGUGGAUUUUGUGAAAUUACUCAUAGAAAAUGGAGUAAGCAUGCAUCGUUUUCUCACCAUCUCCCGGCUAGAGGAAUUGUACAAUACGAGACAUGGACCAUCCAACACUCUGCAUCAUCUAGUCAGGGACGUGAAAAAGGGAAACUUACCUCCUGAUUAUCGGAUAAGCCUGAUUGAUAUUGGAUUGGUGAUAGAGUACCUGAUGGGAGGAGCCUAUCGCUGCAAUUACACCCGAAAGCGGUUCAGAACACUUUACCACAAUUUGUUUGGGCCCAAGAGGCCAAAAGCCCUGAAGCUGCUGGGAAUGGAGGAUGAUGUCCCUUUGCGUCGAGGGAGAAAACCAACAAAGAAAAAAGAAGAAGAAGUUGAUAUUGAUAUGGAUGACCCUGAGAUCAAUCACUUCCCCUUCCCAUUCCAUGAGCUGAUGGUGUGGGCUGUGCUGAUGAAACGUCAGAAGAUGGCCCUCUUCUUUUGGCAACAUGGGGAAGAGGCUAUGGCUAAAGCACUGGUGGCCUGCAAACUCUGCAAAGCCAUGGCCCACGAAGCAUCAGAAAACGACAUGGUGGAUGACAUAUCCCAAGAGCUAAACCACAAUUCCAGGGACUUCGGCCAGCUGGCGGUCGAGCUGUUGGACCAGUCCUACAAGCAGGACGAGCAACUGGCAAUGAAACUGCUGACCUAUGAGCUGAAGAACUGGAGCAACGCCACGUGCCUGCAGCUCGCAGUGGCAGCCAAGCACAGGGACUUCAUCGCUCACACCUGCAGCCAGAUGCUGCUCACUGACAUGUGGAUGGGUCGUCUACGGAUGAGAAAAAAUUCUGGCCUAAAGGUAAUUCUAGGAAUUCUACUUCCUCCUUCAAUCCUCAGCUUGGAGUUCAAGAACAAAGAUGAUAUGCCCUACAUGACCCAGGCCAAUGAGAUCCAUCUUCAAGAAAAGGAUCCAGAGGAACCAGAGAAGCCAGUGAAAGAAAAAGAUGAAGAAGACAUGGAACUCACUGCAAACAGCAGGAGCUGCCCGCAGGACCCCGACUGCAGGCAGGCAGAAGGACCUGCCUACAGGACCCAAUAUGCAGGCAAGCCGAAGGAGCAGCCCACAAGAACCACCUACAGGACCCGUUUGCAGGCAAUGCUGGGACGGGGGAAUGGAGAGUCCUCAAGAAAGAAAGAGGAUGAGGAAGUUCAGAGCAGGCACAGAAUGAUCCCCAUCGGAAGAAAGAUUUACGAGUUCUACAAUGCUCCCAUCGUGAAGUUUUGGUUUUACACUCUGGCCUACAUAGGCUACUUGAUGCUGUUCAACUACAUUGUGUUGGUGAAGAUGGAUCGCUGGCCAUCUAUUCAGGAGUGGAUUGUCAUCUCAUACAUUUUCACUCUGGGAAUAGAAAAAAUGAGAGAGAUCCUCAUGUCAGAGCCUGGGAAACUGCUGCAAAAAGUCAAAGUUUGGCUGCAGGAGUACUGGAAUGUCACGGACCUCAUAGCUAUCCUCCUGUUCUCUGUUGGGAUGGUUCUCCGCCUGCAGGACCUGCCCCUCCGCAGCGACGGGCGCGUCAUCUACUGCGUCAACAUCAUCUACUGGUACAUCCGGCUGCUGGACAUCUUCGGUGUGAACAAGUACCUGGGGCCCUACGUCAUGAUGAUCGGCAAGAUGAUGAUAGACAUGAUGUACUUUGUCAUCAUCAUGUUGGUGGUUCUGAUGAGCUUUGGUGUGGCAAGACAGGCAAUUCUCUUCCCCAAUGAGGAGCCUUCGUGGAAGCUGGCGAAAAACAUUUUUUACAUGCCUUACUGGAUGAUCUAUGGGGAAGUGUUUGCAGACCAGAUAGACCGUAAGCAAGUUUAUGAUUCUCAUACUCCAAAGUCAGUUCAGAACAUAAUAUUUGAACUUUAUCCAAUGGCCUCACCAUGUGGUCAAAAUGAAACCAGAGAAGACGGCAAAAUAAUCCAGCUACCUCCCUGCAAGACAGGAGCAUGGAUCGUUCCUGCCAUCAUGGCCUGCUACCUCUUGGUAGCAAACAUCCUUUUGGUGAACCUCCUCAUUGCGGUUUUCAACAACACAUUUUUCGAAGUGAAGUCUAUAUCGAACCAAGUCUGGAAGUUUCAAAGGUACCAGCUCAUCAUGACAUUCCACGAAAGACCUGUUCUCCCACCACCUCUGAUCAUUUUCAGCCACAUGACAAUGAUAUUUCAACACCUCUGCUGCCGAUGGAGGAAGCAUGAAAGUGACCCAGACGAGAGAGACUAUGGAUUGAAACUUUUCAUAACUGAGGAUGAAUUGAAAAAGGUCCAUGACUUUGAAGAGCAGUGCAUAGAAGAGUAUUUCAGAGAAAAGGAUGAUAGAUUCAACUCCUCCAAUGAUGAAAGAAUUCGUGUCACUUCAGAAAGGGUGGAGAACAUGGCCAUGCGACUGGAAGAAGUAAAUGAGAGAGAGCACUGCAUGAAGGCCUCUCUGCAGACCGUUGACAUCAGGCUUGCUCAGCUGGAAGACAUGAUGGGACGAAUGGUGACUGCCUUUGAAAAAAUGGCUGGCAUUGAGAGAGGCGAGACAACUAAGAUACGAUCCAGGACCUCAUCAGACUGUACUGAUGCAGCCUACAUUGUGAGGCAGAGUAGCUUCAACAGCCAGGAAGGAAAUGCCUACAAGCUUCAAGAGAGCAUUGAUCCCACAGGGGAGGAGUGCAUGUCCCCAACAUCACCUACAAUCACACCCCGCAUGCGAAGCCACUCCUUCUAUGCAACAAAUAUGAAGGACAAGUGUGGGUUGGAAAAGUUGGAAAGUAUUUUUAAGGAAAGAUCUCCAAGCCUGCAUCGGGCAAUCAGUUCCCACUCAAUAGCAAAAGAAGGAAAGGUUCCUUUACCCCCUACCAGCACUUUGUCAAUCGCCCCAGAUUCCAGAAGGCCUUCAUCUUGUAUAGACAUCUAUGUUUCUGCCAUGGAUGAAAUGCAUUCUGACACAGAACCUCUCGAGAGUUCCAUAAAUAUCCUUGGUCCUGAAGAUGCAGCUCUGCCAGCUCACAUAGCCUCCUCCCUUUUAACUAAUAGUGCAUACAUCAGCAGUAUAGCUGGUGAGAAGAUCUCUGGCAGGAGUCUUGAUUAUGAGGAAACCUCUGGAAUAGAAACAAGAGCAUUUUCUUCAGACUAUUCGCAAAUCACAGAUUGCCAAAUCCCGUGGGAUUCAGACCCUCCCUUGUAUCAUACUUUAGAGCGAUCUAAAAGCAGUCGUUACCUGGCUACAACUCCAUUUAUUCUGGAGGAAACACCAAUUGUGAAAUCUCACAGCUUCAUGUUCUCUCCUUCUCGAAGCUACUUCAGCAGCCUUGGUGUCCCAGUCAAAACUGCAGAAUACACAAGCAUUACAGAUUGCAUAGACACGAGGUGUGUGAGUGCUCCCCAGGCCAUUGCAGAGAGGGCCAGUUUCCCUGGAAGUCUCAGGGGCAAAGUAGAGGACUUGGGAUGCUGCCACCCAGAGAGAGAGGCUGAACUAACCCACCCAAGCUCUGAUCAUGAGGAUAGUGAAGUCAAAGACAAGAAGGGAAUCCCUUUAUCUCCUCAAGACAGCAGUGCUACAACAACUCUGCCCAACAGCAUCCCACUCCCGAAAAUAGAGCGAGCCAACAGCUACUCUGCAGAGGAGUCCAAUGUAUUGUAUGCACAGCACACACGGAAGAGCUACUCCAUCAGUGACAAACUUGACAGACAGAGAAACACAGCAGGCCUGCGGAACCCCUUGGAGAGGAGUAAGUCCUCAAGGCCAGAGAGUGGAGGGGACCACCUGUCCAUGAGGAGACUGUCAAGAACAGGAGCCUUCUGCAGCUUUGAAAGCAAGCACAGCUAG